AUGGACCGCUCUCUAUCUGCCCUAAAGCAGUUCAGGUCCUCCUGCCCUUACCUGGGUAGGACCCCAACGGGCCAACUGCGAAAGAUGUCUCACACCUCUUUCCUCCCCGGUGGACCCACUCGCCUCGCCGUACGAGCGCAGGAGUGCCCAGUCAUGAAGGAGGCAAUUGAGACGGCCACUGCCACACCCGAUGUUGCGGAAGAGGCCGCCGCCGCUGGUUGCCCUCAUGCUGCAUCCCUCAAGACGGCCGCUCCCACCACCAGCGCUGCUGGCUUCCUCAGUUCCGGCAUGGCUCACACCAUUGCCGCUGGUGGCGCAGCCCGAGGUUGCCCUCACAUGAUGGCCAUGGCCAACAGCACACCUGCUCAGGCUCGCUUCGUCAGCCGAUCUGCCCAUCAGGAGGCUUCCGUACGAGACGUCACUCCCAAGGACCAGCUCGACCGUAUCCAUGCAAAGGAGGGGGUACACACCGCUGGCAUGGGAGACGUGUCCAGGUGUCCUCAUGCCCGAGCAGCAGCUGCCUCGGCCGCUGCCGAUCAGGCAGCCGCCUUUGUUGCUCAGGGUCGAGCACCUUACCGACAGCAGAGCAUCAAGAAGCAGGUACGAACGCCAGGAUCUGGUCUGGGUAUACCACCCACUCCCCAGCCCAAGACUGGGCCAGGCUUCGAUUACGAGGCCUUCUAUCACAAGCAGAUCAUGGCCAAGCAUGCCGACAAGUCCUACCGAUACUUUAACAACAUCAAUCGUCUGGCUGGAAAGGCGCCGAGGGGUCAUCUGUCGGAGGAGGGCCAGGAGAUCACCGUCUGGUGUGCGAACGACUAUCAGAACAUGAGUCGUCACCCUGAUGUUCUUGCUGCCAUGCAGGUCACUCUUGAGAAAUAUGGUGCCGGAGCUGGUGGCACGCGAAACAUCGCUGGUCACAACCAGCACGUUGAGCGAGCCGAGGCAGUCAUUGCCGAUCUUCAUCGCAAGGAGGCUGCCCUCGUCUUUGGGUCCUGCUACGCUGCCAAUGACGCUACGCUAUCCAUUCUCGGAUCGCAGCUACCAGAUUGCGUCUUCCUGUCGGACUCUUCCAACCAUGCCAGUAUGAUUCAGGGCAUUCGCCACUCUGGCGCUAGGAAGAUGGUGUACAAGCACAAUGACAUGGCCGACCUCGAGGCAAAGCUCGCAUCGCUGCCCAUUGACACUCCCAAGAUCAUUGCCUUUGAGAGCGUCUACUCCAUGUGCGGUACGGUUGGUCCCAUUGAGAAGACGUUGGAUCUGGCCGAAAAGUACGGUGCAAUGACCUUCCUCGACGAGGUUCACGCCGUUGGCAUGUACGGCCCACGAGGAGCCGGUGUUGCAGAGCAUCUGGACUGGGAGCUCCAGGAGCGAGGUGGCAAUACAAAGGGCUCUCUCAUGGACCGCAUCGACAUCAUCACCGGUACCCUCGGCAAGGCCUACGGCAACGUAGGCGGCUACAUUGCCGGUUCGAACCGCUUCGUGGACCUGAUCCGCUCAUUUGCGCCCCAAUUCAUCUUCUCCACCACUUUGCCUCCCGCUGUCCUCACGGGUGCAACUACGGCAAUUGAGAUCCUCAUGGCCUCGAACCAUACUCGCAAAUUGCAGCAGGUUCGAACUCGUCAGACCAAGGACGCCUUGAUUGCUGCUGGGAUCCCGCUGCAGCACAAUCCAUCGCACAUUGUUCCCGUCCUGGUCGGAUCGGCAGAGAAGGCUAAAGCCGCCUCGGACAUGCUCCUAGAGGAGCACGGCUGCUAUGUCCAACCUAUCAAUUACCCAACUGUCCCCCGUGGAUUGGAGCGAUUGCGCAUCACCCCCACUCCUGGUCACUCGGCAGAGGAUGUAGAGCACUUGGUAAAGGCACUCGACGACGUCUUUACCAAGCUCAACCUACGACGUGUGGCCGACCUUCGGGCUGCCAAACCAGGAGAGGAUGCACUGGCGGACCUCUUUGUACAGGCAGAGAGGGACGAGGCGAGCAUUCCACUUUGGACUGAUGAGCUCCUGGGCGUACAGAGUGUCCUUGCCGGGGCACCCUCAGCUCCGCCGGCUGCGCCAGAGGGGAGUAGUGCGUUAAGAUAG